GAGCAAGCUUUACCGCUUCGUGAUUACAGAUACUGGAAUGCCACCAGAGGGUUUGAAGUUUGACUGGAGUGUCUCAUUUUGGGUUUUGCAAUGUUGAGCUCAAACCAACCAAAAUACUCCACCUUUGGCGGGGCCGCGUCUAUCGUGCAUCCUCGCGAGGCUGCUUCGUGGUUCUCCCAAGUGUUCUUGACGUGGUGUACACCGUUGGUGCACCUGCAAUAUGCCCUCAACAUCGAGGAUAUUUGGCAGUUGGAAGCCGCCAACACUGCAGAGUCCAACACCAAACGCUUUCUCACGGCGUUUGGGCGCUCGAAGUCCGUGUUUCGCGCGUGUGCCAACGUGUACGGUGCAUGGUUUGCGGUCGCAGGGGUGUUGGGGCUGGUGCUGCGACUGCUGGAAUUGGUUGGGCCGAUUGUCCUGCAAAAGAUUGUUGGCGCCACCAACGACAGGGCAUCCUCCCAUCUUUACUACUGGCUGGCCGUCCUUCUCGUAUCCAAGGUGGCCCGCGCCAUCUUGUGGUCGCAUAUGGUCAUGUUGGAAGACAUCCUUGGCAUUCAGUUUGUGGGGGGACUCAAAGGCGCCUUGUUCCAACGCCUCGUAUCCAAGGCCAGUGUCCAGCCGGGGGAAGUCCCAGACUUGGCCAACGUGUAUUCGGCCGACAUGGACAACCUACUGUGGGCCAGCAUCUCGUUCAACAAUCUGUGGAUCAUGCCCACGCAGAUCCUUGUCAUUUCGUACCUGCUGUACCAAGAGUUAGGGGUCGCCGCCUUUGCCGGGCUUGGCAUGCUCGUGCUGAGUCUCUGCCUGGGCGCGUUCAUCUCGACCAUUCAAUCCAAAGCAUUCGACCGCGUGUCCACCGCCAGAGAUGACCGCAUGCAAGCUGUCAAGGAAACCUUUGGGUCCAUCCUCAUUGUCAAGCUGCACGCGUGGGAGCAAAGGUGUCGCGCCAAAAUCCAAUCCCUUCGCGACAUUGAAAUGGGCCACGUAUGGACGCUCAUGUUUAGCGGCGCCAUCUCCAUCUUCGUGCUCUGGGCAUCACCCUUGUUCGUGUCCAUGACGUCGUUCGCCAUGUACACGAUGGUGCUGGGGCAACCGUUGACCGCGUCCAAGGUGUUCACGGCCUUGGCGCUGUUCCGCCUCCUGCAAAACCCCAUGAGCGAAAUCCCCGACAACAUCACGGCGGUCGUUGAAGCCAACGUGUCUCUGGACCGCAUUCAAGAAUACUUGGACCAAGCCGACCAACCGACCCGACCAGCUCCGGCUGUCGCCCCCGAGUCUCAAGACACUGUGAUUGCCAUUGAGAAUGGCACGUUCACGUGGGGCGACGACGGGGGGGCUCCGAUUUUGAAAAAUGUGUCGCUGACCGUAUCCCGCGGCGACCUCGUGGUCGUGCACGGCAAAGUCGGCAGUGGCAAGUCGAGUUUGUGCAUGGCGAUUCUGGGCGAGAUGCACCAGACGGAGGGCACGACGGGGGUGUACGGGUCCACGGCGUACUGCUCUCAGGAGCCGUGGAUCCAGCAGAUGAGCGUCCGCGACAACAUCCUCUUUGGAUCGCCGUUCGACUCGCGCAAGUACACGCGGGUGGUGGAGGCGUGUGGGCUGCUGCCGGACUUUGGGCUCAUGGCAUUUGGGGAUCUCACAGAAGUGGGGUCGAAGGGGCGCAACUUGUCGGGCGGGCAGAAGGCGCGCAUCAGUUUGGCCCGUGCGUGCUAUUCCGACGCCGACAUUGUCAUCCUCGACGCCCCCCUCGCCGCCAUCGACGCCGUCGUGCAAAAACAGAUCAUGACCAAGUGCGUGGAAACGCUGCUCAAGACCAGGACGGUCAUCCUCGUGACCCACAACGGCGACAUCAUCUCGUCGCCCAAUGUGAAUCGGCUCGUGGAGCUAGACGACGGCGGGAUGGACUUUGUUCAAGUCAAGCCGUCGGGCCAACUACCUCAAGUCGUCACGGAGCCUGUGGGUAGCAGUUCUACCCACUACGAGACUGACGACAAGACCCGAACGCGAACGUUUUCGGCGUCGUUCGUGUCGCCCCGCUUACUGGCGACCCACAACAAGUGGAGAGAGCACUUUGAACUUGCACUUUCCGAAGACACCAACGACGAGGUCCGCGCCGAGGGCCACGUCGACACGAGUGUGUACGGGGCGUUCAUUUCUGCAUGCGGCGGCACGUCGACGGUGGUGCUGAUUUGUGUGAUCCAGUCGUUUUGGCAGGGGUUCCAGAUUGCGUCGGACGUGUGGCUGGGCCAGUGGACCGCCAGCUCGGACGCGGCUGAACGCACGACGUGGUACAUGGGGGUGUACGCUGCAUGCUGCUUUGGAAGCGUCGUGAUGGUGCUAUGCCGAUCCAUCGCCAUUGCCACGUCGGGCCUCAAGGCGUCGCGGCACCUGUUUGACAGCAUGACCACGUCGCUGCUGGGCACGACCAUGUCGUUCUACGACGCCAACCCCAUCGGCCGCGUGAUCAACCGGUACGCCCAAGACACGGCGAGUAUCGACACGCGGCUGCCGUACUCGUUUGGCGGGCUCACAGCCAUGUUCUUUGCAGUCGUGGGGUCGCUCCUUACAUCGCUCGCGGUCGUGCAAUGGUUUGGCUUGCUCUUUCUGCCCAUUCUGCACCUGUAUGUCCGACUGUCCCAAAUGUACCUGCGGCCGUCGCGCGAACUGUCGCGCCUGAAAAAUAUCACGAACUCGCCCGUGCUCACCUACUUGGACGAGAUCGAACACGGGUUUUCUCUGCUGCGCGCGUUUGGAACGACCUACUUGCAGCAAGCCAUCGACCGCCACGCACACCAUGUCAACGUGAACCAUCAGAUGUGGUACGCCAAGGUGGCGGUGGACAUGUGGUUUGAGACGUGCAUCUCCCUGCAAGGCACGGCGAUCGUGAUGAUUGUGGCCACGGGGCUGGUGGUGUUUCGGUCGGCGCUGUCGGCGGGGCUGGUUGGGCUCGCGUUUAACUACGUCCUCAUGGCCGACGCGUGCAUUGUGGACCUGGUCAAGACGUACUCGUCGCUCGAGGUGAGGAUGGUCGCCCCCGAACGGGUGCUUCAGUACUGUGGCUUGGAAAACGAAGACCCAAGUGCACACUCGACGGCCAGUUUGAUCUUGACCAAGGGGGCCAUCUCGUUCAACAAAGUGCAAUUUCGGUAUAAACCCACGAGUGAACUCGUGCUCCGCGACUUGUCGUGCGACAUUGCCGGGGGGGAAAAGAUCGGGAUCGUCGGGCGGACGGGCGCCGGCAAGUCGAGUCUCACGAUGGUGCUCUUCCGCAUGUAUCCGCUAGUGUCUGGAUCCAUCCUCCUCGACGGACGAGACAUUGCGACCGUGGCCAAGCAGGACUUGAGGCGGCAUCUGUCGAUCAUUCCGCAGUCGCCCGUGCUGUUCAAAGGCACGCUGCGGCAGUACUUGGACCCGUUUGGGUCGUUUGACGACGCGGCGCUGUGGUCGGUCGUGUCCAAGGCGGGGCUGUACCCGCUCGUGAGCGACAUGCCAGACAAGUUGAGUACCGAGGUGGCGGACAAGGGGGCCAACUUGAGCGUGGGCGAGCGGCAGAUGCUGUGUCUGGCUCGGGCGCUGCUGGUGCAGGCCAAGAUUGUCGUGCUGGACGAAGCCACGGCCGCGAUGGACCACGACACGGACGUGCGGCUGCAGCAGGUGAUUGCCACCGAGUUUGCCAACGCGACGGUGCUCACGAUUGCGCACCGCCUCCACACGAUCAUGCAUUCCGACCGCAUCAUGGUCAUGGACGCGGGCCGAGUCGUGGAGAUGGACACCCCCGCCGCGCUCAUCGCCAACCAAGGCGUGUUCUACCGCCUCGCCAAGGACGGCGGCGUGCUCGAGCCCUAGAUGUUGUGUAUGUGAUGAGUUUGUAUGAGAUUAUUCUAAGCAAGUCAACGAUGAUAUUCAUUCGCUCCGAC